AUGUUAGAGGCUCUGAUUAGCUUCCUCCUACGAACGAUCAGAUACGCAGGCACAAAACCAAAACCCAUGUACAAAUACCCUCCCAUCACAGUCGUCGUCGAGGUCCCGGAUGGCUUCAUUGGGCUGCCUGUUGUCACGACGACCUCCCGAGCAAAGAGAAUGGCCUUCAAGAUAAUGUGUCCUAAUGACCCCACACCACGACGAGUGUUCAGCGGCUAUGGCGAUCUACCCUGGUUGCUCCAUCGAUUAGCUUAUCACGCUUGUAUAGCUGGUCACAACCGCCACGACAUCUCUUUCAACGUGCGUUUAAGGUUCUUGGGCGCCGACGAAGCGGAGAUCAGACAGCCGUUAUGGAAUCUCUUUUCGGAAGACCAGCUUCAUGUGCAGAUGAUCAAAGGAGUUAGAGCAGCUCGCAGCACGGGGAAAGGAUCAUUGUAUUACGGAGGUUUGAUGCAAGAUGGAAUCGAGGAAGAGAUUUGA